CAAUGAUGCCCUAAUUUCCGCAUUAACCAAAACCAAAAUUAUUUACUACUUUACUCCUUCAUAUUUUUAAUUGUCUCUUAUCAAACAAAUUAGUCUAAUCUAUCUAUUGUGGGAAUUCCGAUGCAUGCAAAUUGCAAUGCCCAAUCAAUGAUUCUAUAUAUAUACAUAUAUAUCAACAACAACAAAAAUUCAAAAUUUGAGUAACUAUUAAACAGUGUGAGAUCAGAGAAACAGAUAAAGGUUCAAGGAAUCACCGAUUUGUUUUGAUACAUUCCCCCCUUUUGAGGUUUUCUACUAAUUCUACUCAAUCUCAACCAAAAUUUCUCUUCUUUUCCGUCUUUAUUCAUUGGAUCCAAAAAAUUUAGGAUCCGAUUUUGCCCAAUUAUUUUAUUUUCACUUCUAGGGUUUGAGUCGGUUACGUUAUUGGGCAACACCCUUUUGGCCCAAACGUGAUUUGACCGCAAAAAGAUUGGUCUUUGAUAAUUCCAGUGUUUCAAUUCAAUCCAAUCGUUUCUGGAAUUGAUUCUGUUUCAAAGUAGAAUAUUGCCUUUUUUGCUGUGAGAUUUAUCUCUUCAAUUUAAUUUCCCUCCUUUUUUUUUAUAAUUGUGAUGCAAAAUUAUCAUAGCAAGAUUCUGUUGUUAUUAUGUUUAGAUUAAAGAGUAGUGAAAGUCUUGCACGGUUCUUGUAUCAGAAAACUCUGCAUAAUAAUUCUAUGGCUUAUUCAAUAGGUUAUUAUGAUCCUUGUUCCCAUUUGAAUAAGGCUUUUUCUCAGUACCCUUGUGAUCGUGGUAGCUACCUCUCUUUUCCAUUUAUUAGUAAUCUUGUUUAUGCUAAUGUUUUUGGGGUUAGCAGAAAAAUUGGAUUAGGUCAAAAAGUUUGUGGCUUUUCCACUAGUGGUAGUAGUAGAAGUAGUGAUUGUAGUAAGUUUUUUGUGAGGGCUAGUUUAUGGCCUCGCGGCUUUGCAUCUGAUUUGGAGCAAGGGAAUGGUGAUGCUACUCUUGUUAAGGUUGAUGAUGGAGGACUUAAUGGAAGUCCUGCUACACCGCUCGGCUUCCGGGAUCAACGUUUCUCUGAGAAAAUUGUUGUUGCUGUUGAUGUAGAUGAGGUAUUAGGAAACUUCGUGUCGGCUCUCAACAAGUAUAUUGCCGAUCAAUAUUCAUCAAAAUAUUCGGUUUCUGAAUAUCAUGUGUACGAGUUCUUUAAGAUAUGGAACUGUUCACGUGUUGAAGCUGAUUUUCGUGUUCACGAGUUUUUUAAGACGCCAUAUUUCAAGUCAGGGAUUCAUCCUCUUCCAGGUGCUCAGACGGCACUUCAAAAGUUAUCAAGAUUUUUUAACCUAUCAAUUGUAACGUCUCGGCAGUAUGUAAUUAAGGAUCACACAAUUGAAUGGAUAGAGAAGAAUUUCCCAGGACUGUUUCAUGAAAUUCACUUUGGUAACCACUUUGCACUUGAUGGGGCAUCAAGACCAAAAUCAGAGAUUUGUAGGUCUUUAAAUGCCAAGGUUCUUAUUGAUGAUAAUCCGCGAUAUGCAAUAGAGUGUGCUGAAGUUGGAAUUAGAGUCUUACUUUUUGAUUAUGAAAACUCAUAUCCUUGGUCCAAGAAUGAGUUAGUUGAUGAGCACCCUUUGGUGACCAAAGUUAAGAAUUGGAAAGAGGUGGAACAACAAUUGAUGUCAUUGAUAGCUUCAUAGUCUAAAUCUAAUGACUAGGAUUUGUGGAGGCCACACCCUCUCUAACAUCAAAUGCUGGACUAAUUCAUGUUUUUGAAAUGUCUAACUUAUCUUCUGGAAAAUUUGUAGUAUUUUGAACUUUGAAGUUGCUGCAAGAUGGUGAACUACCUAGAGGAAUGACACAAUCAUAUUCUUUUUCCCAUUUUGAACAACACUAAUGAAGAUUGAAACAAGUUGUUCACUAUGGUGGAAAUUAUAUAUUGAUAACUAGGCAAAGAUUUGUUUAUGCCUUCCAUGAAUGUACAAGUGGAACCCGAAUGAUAUAUGGUUGCACCAUAUUAUUACUCAACAUUGACCACAAAAUGUAUGUUCUCUUCUUAUAUACUUUUAGUGUGGUUUAUUAUA